AAAGAAGACAUGAAUCCAGUGCUGCUCUACAUUUUGCACUUUUUUAUGUGGCUUUAUGGCGUUAUUACAUUUGUUCCAUGGUUCUUGAUGUCUGGAGCACGAGAGAGGCAGAGACGUGCUAAACGAAUAAAAGCCAAACCUAUCAAUGAGGAUCCGAGCGGUCCCUUCCGCUCAGUGGACAGCUUCCAGAGUCUUGCCUCCUCACUUUACCCGGGCUGCGAUACCCUGGACAAGGUCUUUAAGCAUGCUACAGACCUUUUCAAAGACAAAGGAUGCUUGGGAACCAGAGAGGUGCUAAGUGAAGAAGAUGAAAUCCAGCCUAAUGGGAAAGUCUUUAAAAAGGUGAUCUUGGGAAAGUACAACUGGAUGACAUACGAUGAGGCCUAUUUAGCUGCCUCUCAUUUUGGAAGUGGACUUGCUGCACUUGACCAGAAACCGCGGUCAAACAUAGCCAUUUUCUGUGAGACCCGAGCGGAGUGGAUCAUAUCUGCACAGGCAUGCUUCAUGUACAAUUUCCCACUUGUCACAUUAUAUGCAACAUUGGGUGGUCCUGCUAUUGCCCAUGGGCUUGCAGAAACUGAAGUAACCCACAUAAUUACCAGUAAGGAGCUCCUCCAAUCAAAAUUAAAGAGCAUACUUCCCCAGGUCCCUCUCCUGAGGCAUAUCAUCUUGGUCGAUGGCAACGUUACGCAGCAAACUAACUAUCCCAAUAAUAUCAGUGUGCACAGCAUGACUUCUGUGCAGGCUCUUGGAGCAAGGCAAGCAAACCAGCAUCGUUCCUCUCCGAAGGCAAACGACAUCGCUGUGAUUAUGUAUACAAGUGGGUCUACAGGCAUUCCCAAAGGAGUGAUGAUCUCACACAGCAAUAUCAUUGCUGGCAUAACCGGCAUGGCACAGAGAAUACCAAACCUGGGAGAGCGAGACACAUACAUUGGUUACUUACCUUUAGCACAUGUGUUGGAGUUGAGUGCUGAGCUGGUGUGCCUGUCCCGUGGAUGCGGAGUCGGCUAUUCUUCACCACAGACACUCUCAGAUCAGUCUACUAAAGUCAAGAAAGGAAGCAAAGGUGAUGCAUCAGAGCUUCAACCCACCCUGAUGGCUGCUGUCCCAGAGAUUAUGGAUCGUAUUUAUAAGAAUGUUAUGAGUAAGGUAGCCACAAUGAGUGCGGUUCAGAAGGGUCUCUUCUCUCUUGCCUACAACUACAAAAUGAAGCAGAUCUCCAGAGGAUACAGCACCCCGCUGUGUGACAGGGUUGUGUUCUGGAAAGUGCGAAAACUUCUAGGAGGAAAGUUGAGGGUCCUACUCUCUGGUGGUGCCCCUCUAUCGGCUGCUACUCAGCGCUUUAUGAAUAUCUGCUUUUGCUGUCCAGUAGGACAAGGCUAUGGACUGACGGAGACAUGUGGUGCUGGCACCAUUACUGAACUGUGUGACUUCAGUACGGGCAGAGUGGGAGCACCUUUGGUGUGUUGUGAGAUAAGACUCAAGAACUGGGAAGAAGGAGGUUACUUCAAUACUGACAAGCCAUGUCCCAGAGGGGAAAUCUUGAUUGGCGGACCUAAUGUUACAAUGGGGUAUUAUAAAAAUGAGCUGAAGACAAAGGAUGACUUUUGUGUGGAUGAAAAUGGUCAGCGCUGGUUUUGCACGGAGAUGUUGGUGAAUUCCACCCUGAUGGCUGCUUAAAAAUAAUCGACCGGAAAAAAGACCUGGUAAAGCUCCAAGCAGGGGAAUAUGUUUCACUUGGAAAAGUGGAAGCUGCCUUGAAGAACCUCCCCAUUGUGGAUAACAUCUGUGCAUAUGCUAACAGUGAUCAGUCAUAUGUGAUCGGCUUUUGUGGUGCCAAACCAGAAGGAGCUCUUGAAGCUGGCUGAGCAGAAGAGAGUUCUAGGAAGUUUUGAGUCUCUGUGCAAUAAUCCGAUAAUGGAGAAAGAAGUCCUUAGAGUGUUGGCAGAAUCGUCCGCAGCAGCUACCCUUGAGAGGUUUGAGAUGCCGGCAAAGAUCCGCCUAGUCGCUGAGCCUUGGACUCCUGAGACUGGGUUGGUGACUGAUGCCUUUAAAUUGAAGCGCAAGGAACUGAAAAGUCAUUACCAGGAAGACAUAGAGAGGAUGUAUGGGGGAAAAUAA